CAUCGUGGACGUGGCCAGCCAGGUGGCUCUGUACACUUUUGGCCAUCGGGCCAACGAGUGGAAUGGGGUAGAAGCCUAGAACACUGGAGUCCUAUUGCAGGAAUUGCUGCUUGUAAUUUUGUAACCCACCCACUGGAAUGUAGAGAGAUAUAAUUUUAUUUCUGUCCUCAUAAUGAUUUUUGUCCAAAUAUUCAUCAUCCAUUAAAUAUUAUCCAUUAUAUAUCACAUAUGUGAUAUCCGUCAUUUUAAAAUAAGUUACAAAACAGUAUGGAGAACUUGGCCUUGAUGAAUGGAUUUCAGAUAAACUUUUUGUGUUCUUCAGGUCGCUUGUAUAAACAUCAAAACUUAAGGAAAACAACCAUGUUGAACAAAUCUAUUUUUCUUAAUACCCACAUUCAUAAGCCUACUGAUCUCCAGUAUAGAUCAGCAGCCUGUAGUAAAAACUCACCUGAAAAUCAUUAACAUAAAAACAAAAAGACACGCAAAAGUGGGAUAGACAAACGGUUUUGGCCAAAGGUCUUAACAGAGGAAGUUUACUGGAAUGGGGCAGAGAAUUUAGGUCUGCUCUCCUAGUGGCCAAACUCAAAAGGAGAACAGGAAGAGCUCUUUAAUAUUUGUUCUUAUGUAAUAGAAAAAUGUACCACUUGAUCAGGAGAAAGAGGUUAUUUCCCCUAGUUUCCGGGGUAAUUUGUUACCUGGGUCUUUACAUAAAGACCAUUGAGCAACAUAGUAGACAGUUUCCUCCAUGGUAAUUAAAAAUAUAUUUAAAGAUAUUCUACAUAUGGUUAUUUUGUUGCACUGUAGAAAAAUGCCAAAGGUAUAAUGUCAUAAUCCUGUAAAAGUAAUUCCAUAGUGGAGCGUUGAGGCCCAGGGACGUAUAGUCCUGUAAGCUGACUUGACACUAGGAUUAGAGUCUGGAGAAUCCCGAGAAACUUAAUAUAAAGAGUGUAGAGCAUUUCUCUUAAAUAAUAGUUGUUUCCUAUAGGCUUUUGACAGUUAUCUAUGUGAUAGAUACCUUUUAAGAUAGUUAUAUAGGUUUAUUAGAUACCUAAUAAUGAAGCCCAUCUACAAAAGCCUUAUCAAAAAGCAGAAGUGUCACAAUGCAGUAUUUACAGGAGUUAUGUUUUCCUGCUUGCUGACAUGUUGCCUUCAGACAGGGCAUAAUUCAUUCAGGAAAAGGUCCUAAUUCUUUCAAAGUCCUGAUCUUCAAGGCUGUGGUAGCCAGAAAACGAGAGAGACCUAGUUCAGCGGCAGAACAGUUGUUGGAGGCAAACAAAUUCUGACCACCGUCUCCAUGUGCUGUCACUCAGGAUCUCUGGAUGGGAGCCGUUUGAGUGUCAACCUGAUAAGAUUAUGAGAACAUUCUUGAGAAUAUAGGUGAAAGUAUUUAAAAGAAGGCAGGGGGGAUGUUAAGGAGGGGAAUUCUUAUUGCCCUGAAAAUGGAUGAAGAAUGACUUCAGCCUUUCAGAGGAGGAAAUAUUAGGAAUGAAAGGUGUAUAGAAAAUGAACUGCUUUAAAGAAGGAUUAAGAAAGAUUACAUCAUGACUGAAAUAGGAAUUUUAGAGUUAGACCUACUCCCUGUUGCCAGGAAAGACUGCUCCCUUAAAAUAUUAAUACCUAUGUGUCAACUGAAGACCAUAACCUUGGUAUUUACCAGCUCUCAAUCCUUAGACCAAUGGCUCUCAGCUGGAGUUAAUUUUGCCCACAGGUGAUAUUUGGCAAUGUCUGGAGAUGUUUGUGGUUGUCACACUGAGGGAAAGAGUAUUAUGACAUCUAUAGAGUCAUAAUACUGGGAAUGCUGAGCCUGAAAAUUGCCCUACAGUGACUAACGUUGUGUUCCUAGCUAGUGGUUUACUAAGUUUUUGGUGUAUCCAAAUAACUCAGAGUUUUUAAAAAGCGAAACAUGCCAAACCAAAACCUCUGGAUAAUGAGGCCCAGGCAUUUGAUAUUGUUGAAAGUUUAAUAGGUGACUCAGAUGCUACAUGCACGGCAAGAGAGAUUGGGGAGGAUAAAUUAAGAUGUACUUUUUGAUUAUUUUAACUGAGAAAAAUCAAGUUAAAAUAGACAUUGCUUUUAUUUUGUGUCAGAUGGUGUGCCGAGUCCCCAGAAUUUGCAAAACAGUACUAUUUUAUAUUCUAUUUUGGGAUGAAUUCCAUUUUGGCACUAUUUUAUAUUCCAUUUGGGAUAUUUUUUAGUAUUUUGAAUUCUGAAUUGCUUAUUUCUUUAGCACUUGUUAGAUUUUAUAAUAGAGUGUAAUAUUAAGUCAUCAAAUUGUGCUUUUAAAAUUUAAGCUAAAAUACCCCAAGACUGGAAACGAAUACUUUAACGUACAAGUCCUCCUUAAAGGAUCUAAGGAACAUCUAAUAAAAUCUUGUUUCAACUGUUCUCCACAUCCCUAACCCUGGACUUUGCUCAGAAAGAAAGAAAAAAAAAAUCUGGUUGCCCUUAGAUAACUGUGGAGGGACCAGGAAAGUGCAUGAAUUUGGGCAGCUGUAAUGGAACAGAAAUGUACAUUUUUAAAGUCCCUUUUAUCCAGGAGAAGACUGAUGUGGAAGGAACCUUAUUUGUUUAUACAAGGUCUGCUUCUCCAAAGCACGGAUUCACCAUUAUGAAUAGGCUGAGCAUGGAAAAUAGGACAGAACCUAUUACUAAAGACUUGGAUUUCCAACUCCAGGACCCUUUCCUUCUGUACAGAAAUGCCAGAUUGUCCAUCUAUGGAAUUUGGUUUUAUGAUAAGGAAGAAUGCCAAAGAAUUGCAGAGCUUAUGAAAAACCUAACUCAGUAUGAACAGUUGAAAGCCCAUCAGGGAACUGGAGCGGGAAUCUCCCCAAUGAUCCUCAAUUCAGGAGAGGGCAAAGAAGUAGAUAUUUUACGAAUGCUCAUCAAGGCCAAAGAUGAAUACACAAAGUGUAAAACCUGUUCUGAGCCAAAAAAGAUAACCAGUUCAUCUGCCAUCUAUGACAACCCCAAUCUCAUCAAACCAAUUCCAGUGAAACCCAGUGAAAACCAGCUACCGCAUAUACCUCAGCCCAGCCAGACCUUAGACCCUGAACCCCAGCACUUAUCCUUGACAGCUCUGUUUGGGAAGCAGGACAAAGCUGCAUGUCAGGAGACUGUAGAGCCUCCACAGACCCUCCACUACCACCACCAGCUGCAGCAACAGCAGCCGCAAGAGAAGCUUCCAAUUAGGCAGGGGGCUGUUCGCUCCCUGUCCUAUGAGGAACCCAAAAGACACUCGCCCCCCGUUGAGAAGCAGCUCUGUCCGGCGAUUCAGAAACUCAUGGUCAGGAACACAGACCUCCACCCAUUGUCAGAGCUGCCUGAAAACCGGCCCUGUGAAAAUGGCAGUUCCCAUUCUGCAGGAGAAGUUUUUAGAGGACCUGUCCAGCCAGGGUCUCCUCACAACACUGGGACUUCUUGUGGUAUACAAAAUGCUUCCAGAACUCAGAACCUGUUAGAGAAACUUCACAGUACCCCACUGGGGGCUGGAAACAAGUGUGACCCUAGUACACCAACACCUGCCAGCUCAGCCGCGCCGAACCGCAGCAGAGCUCCCACUUCUGUCACCCCUGUGGCUCCAGGAAAGGGUCUGGCUCAGCUACCACAGGCCUAUUUCAAUGGCUGCCUUCCACCUCAGACAGUAGGACAUCAGGCUCAUGGAAGAGAACAGUCCACACUCCCAAGACAAACACUCCCCCUCUCUGGUAAUCAGAGUGGCAGUUCCGGAGUGAUCUCCCCUCAAGAGUUGCUGAAGAAGCUUCAGAUUGUGCAGCAGGAGCAGCAGCUGCAUGCCUCUAACCGGCCAGCCUUGGCCGCUAGGUUUCCUGUGCUCACUCAGAGCUCUAGAACAGGAAAACCCUUGGAAUCCUGGCUCAGCAAGACAUCCAGCACAGAACAGCAGACUCCUCUUUUUCAGGUCAUCUCACCUCAGCGCAUCCCUGCUACAGCAGCUCCUUCUCUGCUCAUGUCCCCCAUGGUGUUCACACAAUCCACCUCCGUCCCACCAAAAGAAAGGGAGAGCGGCCUCUUGCCUGUGGGAGGCCAGGAGCUGCCUGCUGCCGCCACCAGCCUCCUCCUGCCCAUGCAGAGCCCAGAGCCCUCCUUGAUCACCAGCAGCCCACUCACCAAGCUCCAGCUCCAGGAAGCACUGCUGUACCUCAUCCAGAACGACGACAACUUCUUAAAUAUAAUCUAUGAAGCCUAUCUCUUCAGCAUGACUCAAGCAGCCAUGAAAAAGACUAUGUGAGAGCAAGUCCUUUUAAAACUGAUUUUCAAGGUCCUUCUAGAACUCCGGCACAAGGUUCUUUCACGUCAAGUUUUGUUUCCUUCAAUGUUUCUGCCUUUUAUUUUAAAAAAGUAUGUAUAAUAUGAAGUAAAAUGUUUCAGACUUUUUUUU